AUGGCUCCAUAUGUCCCUCAGAGGAAAGAAAGAAAACCCUGUGCGAUUGUAGCAGCCCCAAUAACCAAUGGAACAAAUAGGACGGCUGGAGUAAUACUGCCUAAUGUUUUACAUGAAAGUUACAAGAGGAAAGACCCUCCGAAGUUCAUCACAUCGCACAGGCCUCCUGGCGUUCUGGAGUCCGAGCUCAUGUUUGUUAAGAUGGAAAAGUUUCCUUCUGAACCUUACAAGAAUCCCAAACUUCAUAACUUCAGACCGACCAGCAGAUCUGAAAUAAAUUGUAGAUUGAGGGACACCAGGACAAGGAUGGACACAUAUAAACCUGCAGAGCCUAAAUGGGAUGCCAGGCUCAUCCUCCCUCAGCCACCCUGGCCUUCAAAAUCCGCCUCCUACACUAGACACCGAAGAAGAAGAGGAACGUACAGUGCAUUCCUGGACCGGGUGGAAGAGAAACUCUCAAGAUCCUGGAAAAAUAGAUUAUGAAUUUAAAUUUAUAUUUCAUUUGUUUGUUUCGUGAGUUUAUUUACAUUCAUUAGUGAAAUGUGGUAAAUAAGAAGAUAAUAAUAUACUUUCAAAAGCAUGAAGUUCCAAUUACAAUGGAUAAUGUGAAAUUGCCAUUUUCCAAAUUUUUCUUAAUGUGUUUUUUAACCAUCUUCAGGGUAGCUAUAUGAUUUACUUUAGUUUGCAAUUCAAAUUGAAAUGAGAUACAAGACAUUAAACAGAAUCAACAAUCUGCGACUCUCAGAAGUUAUGUUUUUGUUGAGUGGAGAAACUGAAGAGGUCUUUCCAGAAGGGGCAGAGACAGCCGCAUGAAAACAUGCAGUGACUGGUGGCAUGGAGUUCACAGCGCCAUAUGAUGAAGCCCGCUGGACCACCGACAGCUGCUCCUUCAGA